GCAGUGUUUGAAUGACUGAGAGACAAAUAUAAGUGGCAGAGCUGAAUAACUGGUAAGAUCAGUGAUCAGGAGAUCUGCUCCGUUACUUUAACAACGACGAUGAAGGUGUUGAUAAUCGAGCUCAUCUCGCCUGGAAGGUUUUGCUGGUGAUCAAACUUCCUGGUUUGGUCUCUGGUUGUCCAGAAGAUGGCGGAGGAGGGUCGCUCGCUCUGUGUUCGCGGGUUGCCCGCUGAUUUGGAGCCCGAGCGGCUGGCAGAUAAACUUCACAUCCAUUUUCUGCGCUCACGGAACGGAGGAGGAGAGAUUACAGCACUCAGCAUUAAAUCAGCGGACCGGUUUGCCAUCGUCACCUUUGAAGAGAGCAGAGUUGCACACAAUGUGCUCAGUCACUGCCCACACAUCUUAGAAGUGGACGGCAGGAAGUACGAGCUUUCUCUGAGUUUUCCAGGGCAAGAAUCAGCUCUCCUGAACAAGGUAAUCCUUGAUAUGUCCAUGACCAUUGACUGCAGUCAGCUUCCCCUGGGUGAGGAGACUGUAAAAAAGCUCUGCGCAAAAUACCGAGGCCUUCGUGUCCAGUUCAUCAGACCUCAGAGGCGCUGUACCUUGUAUGGGCUCUACUCAGAGGUCCAGGCCUUUGUGUCUCAGCUGGUGGAGCUUCUUGGAGACUCUGAUCCUCUAGGGGCAGAACAGCAAGGAGAAGCCAGACAAGCAGAUGUGCCCCAUGGGCUUCGUGUUGGUGGACUGGGUUCACUGUAUGGGGAAGUCAAAGCUUCUGAGCUUUCGCUGCAGAAUCCCGGUCAGAAAGGGAAAAGUAUGGACCUGUCACAGGCACAGGGAGACUCUGGUAAGGAGGCAGACUGGACAGACGAGGCAGAUGUAGAGGCUCUGUCCCUGAUCAUGGAGGCAGAUGUCUUUGCAUACCUGCGCAGCAGGAGUGAGCAGUACAAGCGUAUAUUGCUCAGCCAUGGGGCACAUGUGGUAGAUGCAACAUCCGAUGGGGUCACCACAUUGUACUUGCAGUCUGACGCAAAGGUCAGGACAGGGUCAGAGGCAGAAAAACACGUGAAGCAAGCCUGCAAGGAGCUUGGUCAGCUCUACCAGAAGGUAGAGAGCAAUCUGCGAAGAGUUCAGAUUCAGUGGAGUGCUCUUGGCCUGCGAGGAGGAAAUACUGAGGCAUUUAAGGAAUUGCAGGCUUUGCUGCCAAAAGUGCUGCUCAGCUAUGAUCAGACCCAUGUUUACAUUGUAGGUGAGAGCAAUGAAGUUUCUGAGGCCAAACAGAUCCUCCUGCUUGGUUCAGGGAGUGGGCAGGGCUUGAGCCCCACACCAAAGAAAGGAAGUUCACUUUCACCAUACCAGUCAAAUUCUUACUACCCCACCUCUGAAUCAGGGACAAUACAAAUGGCAGAGGAACAGGGUGAAACCAGAGCGGUAGCUCCUAAAACAAGCAUGUCUGGUGCUGAUCGAAGAGGGAAAGGUGGUGAAGAAUACAAACUUGCAGCUCGAUUUAAGAACUCUGAAAUGGGUUUACCGGGGUUCUACCCGGGAGAAAGAGGGCGAAGUAGAGAGCUCCAGGAUUUAACCACAAGCAUGAACAUGUUAGCGUUAGCAUCAAGCUAUGAGCCAAGGUCGACCCUAGCUACUGCAGGAACAGUCAAUGGUGACAAGGCUGGAGUUGCUCCAGUUAGCGCGCUCAGAGUGACGGGUACGAAUUGCACAGCGGAUGAUGUCUUAUUUCAGAAGAAGGAUCCCCUGUCCUUUGUAAUUCCAUUCAAAACCAGUGGACCAAUCUCAACCAAAGUUAGUGGAACAAAUUCUACAGAGUCCACCUCUAAAUUAACACCUGCAGUCAAAGCUCCACCCAGUACAUCUCGGACUGCACUAUCAGGGCUUGACACUCAUACGCUAGCUGCAUUAGGAACUACGUCCACCCCUAGGUCUCCCUUAAAAAGAGCAAAUAGUUUCUCAGGACGGCCUUCGCCAAAACUGGAGGCACAAAAGACUGAAAAGACUGGGAUCAGUGGGGCCAAUAAAAUACCUAAUUCAAAUAGCUUUAGUAGUGGUAAACCUCCAGAGGAACCUACAGUUAGCCUUGUAUCAAGAGAAGUCACUGUGUCCAACGUGAUGUGGACCUAUAUGAAAGAGGCAUAUCGCUCCCGUUUGGAUACCCUGAUCUCUGAUCUACAAGUGACAGAGAGCCUCACGGACAAGGAUGAGGUCAGAGUUGUUUUGAAGGGAUCAGAGUUAUCUAAGGUUGAGGAACGUCAGGUUAAGCUUCAGAAGCUCAUUGGCAUGAUAGCCUCAGACUUUUGUGUUCAGGAGCUUCGACUGGCAGAUCUUGGUGUGACCGAAAGUAAUGAGGUGUUUAAGGCAUGCUGCUCAAAAAUACGCUUACGCUUCAGCAAAAUCUCACUGCGCAGUGCAGAGGACACUGUUCUCCUGAUUGGGCCCAAACCACUGUGUACUCAGGCCACUGAAAUGUUAAAAGAAGAGUUUCUUUGCGAUGUGUCUAAUUCUGUGCCUUACUUUGACAGUUUCACCCAUCAGGGAGCUUUAGAUCAAAGUCGAACCAGUGUAUCAGCUGACCAGACUCGAUUCCAAAGACAAAUUAGACAAAAUCAGACCAAAGCUGAUGCAGGAAGUCUUGAGGGAUACUCUAUUAAUCAAGCCCUCAGGCAUACAGCCAGCCAGUCUGAGACCUGGAGUGUGAGUUCCAUCCAGUCACCAAAGCAGAAGCCAUCUGGUAAGGAGAGGAAUGGUACACCUGGUGAUUUAGAAAUAUUUAAGACGGGUAUAUUUCAGAGCCAGUCAUCUGAGCGAAAUGAAGCGCUGUUGGGACAGAGGGAUGACUGGCCAAAGCCUCCACCCCCACAGAAAAAACAAAAAACUACCACAACGACUCUGAAACAGACUAACUUGCAAGUCCGUAACAAGUCAGAACCAUGUGUUUGUGGGGACACCGGUGCACAUGUAGCGCGUACAAGUUGUGGUGUGUUCUUGUGCCCCCUCUGCCUUCCACUUCAUGCUGAGUGCAUUGUGUGCUCUAAAGAGAAAGCACCCAAAGAACCUUCACAGAAAAUGCCAGGGCACCAGCUCCAAGAGGAGCAGAAUCCAGAGGAGCUCACAGGAAAGGAGGCAAGCAAGCAGCGGAAACAGGCACAAGGCAUUCAGGGCACCAUGAGGUAUGUGGAGUUACCACUGAGCCUGCAAGGCCACAGCCGGUGCACAACAGCCAAGAUCAUCUACUGCAUACCUGAUGGCAUCCAGGGGGAGGAGCAUCCUAACCCUGGGGCACCAUUUCAAGGAGGUAUAUUUGAGGCUUAUUUGCCACUCAGCUCAAAGGGGCGGAGCUUACUGCCAUGCCUGGACAAAGCUUUUAAGCAAGGGUUAACCUUUAAAGUUUGCCCAGCUAAAACGUCACCAGGCAGGAAAGCGAGAAUAGACUGGGGUCGAAUCCCUCACAAGACCAGAAUGGAUGGAGGGAAGAGUGGGAAUGGAUAUCCAGACUCCACAUAUCUUAAUAACUUGUCUGAAGCACUGAUGGCUUGUGGGAUUGAGGGGGUCACACUGAGUGAAAAUAAAACAAAGUCAUAAUUCUUUCACAUUAAUUAUAGCCCUAGGUCUUACCUAUUGGGAUGUUUAUAUUAAGACUGUACAAACCUGUGAUGAAGGUAUUGUGAAUGUUUCAUGAUUUACAUUUUUAUUGUCAGUUCUGCAUUUGAAAUGAAUGAAAAAUGAGAAAAAUGAUUUUGUUUGUGUGUGCUGGGAUAGUACACAAGUAAUGUAUAGCAGCCUGUGAUUUUUAAAGUUUCAGUACAAUAUUGUUUAACCUCUUGUAUCAUUUUGUUCAUUAUAUGUUUUUGUUUUUUUAAACAUGGUGAUUAAAGCAAUUAUUUUAA